AUGGCGACCGACGUCACGAAGAUGUCGUUUGCGAAAGUCGCUGCCGGCUCAGUGCAGAAGGGCUCCAAACCUGCCGGCGCUGCUCCCAGGACCACCCUUGAUCCGGCCACUACUGUUAAGGAUAGGCGAGAGGAGGGCACACCUGUCUCUAAGCAUGCCCCUUCAUCUACUGGGCCUAGUCCAGCAACUAGCUCCGCGGAUACUACUGUCACUACUUCAGCUGCCGAACAGUCUGCUGUCACCGAGGGAAAGGUCGAUGACGCUAAGCUCGCCGCCGAUUUGAGGGAGUUGAAGUUGGAAACGUCAGCUCCGAACCUCGUUGUCAACGGGUCAACGGUUGAAAAGUCGACUGCCAUCUCGAACAGUCAGACACCUCCAGAUGAUGCUUCUCAGAGAGCCGAAUCUGGGUCGGAAUUGGGAACAAAGCCUCCAAGCAUUGAUGGCAAGAGCAUCACUUCGGGAACCACCUUUGCCCUCGAUGAAAAAGACUCCCUUCGUCCCGAUGACAGUGCCAGCAUGAAGGCUGCGGCCGAGGACGACGACUCGUUUUCAAUUCGUGGAUCCUACAUUCCUGGGUCACGUAUGGGCUCCGAUGUUGCCGCUCGCCUUCACCGCAUCCAAAUCGGCGACAUGCCCCCACGGGCUCUCACAUCACAACAUAUGCUUGCCGGCGACAAAGGCCAAGGCAUCGUUACACCUCAGAGCGGCAUAUCCGAUAAACAAGGAUCUGGUGAUCAGAAAUUACCGUUGCCUGGAGGCACUGCCACCCCUGAUAGCCUGGGAGCCAACAGCUUCUACAGCCAAAAUCCGGAUGAAAAGCUUCUGGAGGCAAUGCAGUCGCCCAAAGAUCGUAUCUUUCUGCUGAGGCUGGAGCAACAGGUUAUUCAAUUUGUCCAGGAUUCCAAAGAGCCAUACAUGGAUCUCCCACCUUGCAAUUCGUUUUGCAGGAUGUUGACGCACCGGCUUGCGGACUACUACCACAUGACGCAUUCUUACGAGCCUUCUACGGGAUCGGUCCGCAUAUUCAGGACUCCCUUCUGCAGGAUCCCCCCUUCGCUCUCUACUAUCGCAGGCCCCCAGGCGAACAAUUCUGCUCCUACCCAGCCAAUUCCCCGAAAAAUCAUGCGCCGCGGCGAGGAUGGCGAAUUUGCUCCUCCAAGCACGGCACCUUCUAAGCCAACUUCGGAAGUUGGCAGCGAGUCGAAAGACAAGCCAGCCCCAGUCAAGGAAAAACUGACGAGGGAAGAACGUGAGGAGGCUUAUAACAAAGCUCGGAUGCGCAUCUUCGGCAGUGCCGAAAAGUCAGAGAGCGGAACCCAAGAGGGCGAGGAUGCCAACGGUGUCUCGCGGGCCAGCUCAGUGUCUGCUAAAGACAAGCAAAAUGGCGGCAAGCGAAAACCCACCAAACAGCGGCGAGAUGACUCGGAAGGGUUCGAGUCUCGUUCUCAUUACGUUCAAUGGUGCCCUGGUCCUCACCAUCCGACGUGGGCGGCCCCUGUAACGCCUCAAUACUUCCCUAUCAGUGCGGCUCCGUUCAACGCUCAAUUCCAGCAGCCGUAUCCAAAUGCCCCGCAGCCCAUGUAUCCGCCGGCGCAGCCUUAUAAUCCUCAAAUGAUGCCAAAUGGCCCCUUUGCGCCACAGUACACUACGAUGGGACCUUACCCGGCUCCCCCCAUGCCACAGGCCAUUCCUCAGCCACCACCUCCUCAGCCACCCUACCGCUCACCCAAUCCUCCCAUGGCUACGCCGUACGCGAGUCCCGUUCCCAUGCCAAGCAUGCCGCAACCGACGUGGCCGCAGCAAUCCUACGGCCAAGCCCCGUACGGACCCCGUGCUCCCCCGGCACCUGCUGGGAUUCCCUAUGCAUAUGGACAACUCCCAGCCAAUGCCAAUCCCAACGAUCCCAAGAGCCAGCACCCGAUCCCAGGCAGCUAUAACCGGCAGGCUUUCAAUCCAAAAACUCAGUCAUUCGUCCCUGCAAACGGCAUGCAGCCGAUGCAACCUCCUCAUCCACCACCGCCUGGUCCAUUUGUCGGGGCAAACCCUCACCACGGUGGCAGCCCCCAAUUUCACCCUCCUCAUAUGAACUAUGGCGGCUACCAACAGCCGAUUCCCCAGGCUGGUUAUGGGCCGGCCCCAGGUCCCUACGGAAUGGUUAGACAGGGCUCUAACGCUUCGAUGCCUCCAUACCACGGUCAGCCACACCCUCCACAUGGACCUCAGCAUCACCCCCCUCCGAGUGGUCCUGGCUCCAUGCACAUGCCAAACAACAAUAAUAACAACAACAAAACUGGCGGCCCCAGCGGCUCCGGGCCGCAGCAACAACAGCAGCAAUUCAGUCACUUACCAAACUACGGCAAUCCGGCUACUUUGCCACAGAAGCCCACCACUACUAAUCCUAAUUAA